AGGAGACAGAUGGGGCCAGACUCUCUCGCGCUCUCUCUGUGUCUGUCUGUGAGCUUCUGUUUAUUUACCGCUGAGCGCCACGGUCUCUUGGCCUGACUAAGAAGCAGCGAGAGAAGAGGAGAAACAGUAUGACGGCCCUCCGGAUUCUGUCUGUGUCUGCACUGAUGUGUCAGAUGUCCAUCACUGCGUCUCUGCACUGGAGGAAAGCUCUGUUCCCAUCAGCCCUCAGAGUGAAGCGAGGGACGCCAGCGCUGCUCAACCCCACGUUUCAGAAAUCAGCGGAGGACGCCAGCCUUCUGUAUGAGGUGUUGUGGUCGGGAGGGCACAUGGAUGCGGAGGACGGGACGCUCCACAUAUCUGAUCACGAGCUGGCGUCCAUGAGGAAGCUGGAGGUUCUGGAGGUCCUGUGUGAGGACGUGCUUCCCAGAAGCCUCUCUGAGAUCCAGCGGCUCAGUGCUCAGCUGGAGCAGCACCGUGGCUCACUGCAGAUGGACGACUUUGAGCGCACCGUCCUCACGAUGGUGUUCACCGCUCAACAACUGCCACACACCAGCCCCGGCCACCAGAGGGAGCUGUGGGCGAACGCACUCCUACGACUCUAUAAAGCCAUUAAAGGAGACCUGCGGCCUGCAGAUGACUGACUGAGAGACUCACAUCACAUGCAGUGCUUCUCAACCGGGGGCUGUCCCAGCUAACAGGGAACGUUCUGGCAUGGUUCUCUGAAAGCUAUGAACAAAGUUCCUCCAGUCGCACUCGUUCAAAGUGAUCUGGUCUUUAAUAAGAUGAUCAAAACAUUUGCACAUUAUAUAUUCGUUGCUCAUGGACGUUCUUCUGAAACCUUUUAGUUGGAGGUUCGUCUAACUUUUUAGAGUUUCAGAAAGUAAUGUUUCCGUAAUGUUUGCAAAAUGAUAAAAAUGGAACACACCCUUCAUCUUUUCUCUGACAUUCACUCAGAGAACCAAGAAAAAAAUGGAUGUUGAAAGAACAUUGAGAUAAUGUUUUUAUAACUAAUCUGGAAUGUUAGCAAAAUGUUACUUAAACAUAAUUUA